AUGGAGCAUAAUGGUCGGGCUUUGAAUGCCAUUAUUGAUAAUUGGAGUGGUAUGAAUGUGAUUUCUGAAACUGUUGUCGAACAUUUGGGACCAAAAAUCGAGAAGCAUCCCACUCCUUAUCGGAUUAGUUGGGUUAAUGAAACCAACUCAGUCCUAGUGAACCGGCGUUGCUUGAUUAAAUUUUCAUUGGGAAAAAAAUAUGUGGAUGAAGCUUGGUGCGAUGUAAUUCUCAUGACCGUUUGCCACAUGUUAUUGGGACUUCCAUGGCUCUAUGAUUGGAGGGUUCUUUAUGAUGGAUAUGCUAACACUUACUCCUUUGAUUUCAAAGGUAAAAAGUUUGUUUUGGAUCCUUUACAGGUUUCAGAAUUUGAGACAAAGAAUGAGGUUGUCCCAGUUUUGACGGUGCGACAAUUCACUCGAGUUAUGCAUGAAGACAAUCUGGUGUUAAUGGUAGUUAGACGUGAGGCGAAGCAAGGGGAUGGUAAUGUAUCAGUGGAGCUCUCGGCAUUGCUGGAAAAAUUCUGGGAUAUCAUGCCAGAUGAAAUGCCGAAUCAACUACCUCCAAUGAGAGAGGUGCAAGAUGCAAUUGACUUGAUCCUUAGCUCGACUUUGCCUAAUGUACCACACUACCGCAUGAGUCCAACAGAAAAUGAAGAGCUUAGCCGACAAAUUCAGCAGUUGCUAGACAAAGGUUUUGUUCGAGAAAGUCUUAGCCCCUAUGAUGUCCCAGUUUUGCUUACGCCAAAGAAAGAUGGUAGUUGGAAUAUGUAUGUGGAAAGCUGA